AUGAAAAAAUAUAAAAGCAGGUUGUGUGUGGGACACUGGUGUGUGGGACACUGGUGUCCACUGGUGUGUGGGACACUGGUGUGUGGGGACACUGGUGUCCACUGGUGUGUGGGACACUGGUGUGUGGGGACACUGGUGUGUGGGACACUGGUGUGUGGGACACUGGUGUGUGGGACACUGGUGUGUGGGACACAGGUGUGUGGGACACUGGUGUGUGGGACACAGGUGUGUGGGACACUGGUGUGUGGGACACUGGUGUGUGGGACGUGUGGGACACUGGUGUGUGGGACACAGGUGUGUGGGACACAGGUGUGUGGGACGUGUGGGACACUGGUGUGUGGGACACAGGUGUGUGGGACACUGGUGUGUGGGACACAGGUGUGUGGGACACUGAUGUGUGGGACACUGGUGUGUGGGACACUGGUGUGUGGGACGUGUGGGACACUGGUGUGUGGGACACAGGUGUGUGGGACACUGGUGUGUGGGACACAGGUGUGUGGGACACUGAUGUGUGGGACACUGGUGUGUGGGACACUGGUGUGUGGGACACUGGUGUGUGGGACACAGGUGUGUGGGACGUGUGGGACACUGGUGUGUGGGGACACUGGUGUGUGGGACACUGGUGUGUGGGACACUGGUGUGUGGGACGUGUGGGACACUGGUGUGUGGGACACAGGUGUGUGGGACACUGGUGUGUGGGACACUGGUGUGUGGGACGUGUGGGACACUGGUGUGUGGGACACUGGUGUGUGGGACACUGGUGUGUGGGACACAGGUGUGUGGGACACAGGUGUGUGGGACACAGGUGUGUGGGACACUGGUGUGUGGGGACACUGGUGUGUGGAGACACUGGUGUGUGGGACGUGUGGGACACUGGUGUGUGGGACACAGGUGUGUGGGACACUGGUGUGUGGGACACUGGUGUGUGGGGACACUGGUGUGUGGGACACUGGUGUGUGGGACACUGGUGUGUGGGACACUGGUGUGUGGGACACUGGUGUGUGGGGACACUGGUGUGUGGGACACAGGUGUGUGGGACACAGGUGUGUGGGACACAGGUGUGUGGGACACUGGUGUGUGGGGACACUGGUGUGUGGGGACACUGGUGUGUGGGGACACUGGUGUGUAGGACACUGGUGUUGUGUGGGGACGUGUGGGACACUGGUGUGUGGGACACAGGUGUGUGGGACACAGGUGUGUGGGACACUGGUGUGUGGGACGUGUGGGACACUGGUGUGUGGGGACACUGGUGUGUGGGACGUGUGGGACACUGGUGUGUGGGACACUGGUGUGUGGGACACUGGUGUGUGGGACACAGGUGUGUGGGACACUGGUGUGUGGGGACACUGGGUGUGUGGGACACUCGUGUGUGGGACGUGUGGGACACUGGUGUGUGGGACACUGGUGUGUGGGACACUGGUGUGUGGGACGUGUGGGACACUGGUGUGUGGGACACUGGUGUGUGGGGACACUGGUGUGUGGGACACUGGUGUGUGGGACGUGUGGGACACUGGUGUGUGGGACACUGGUGUGUGGGACACUGGUGUGUGGGACACUGGUGUGUGGGACACAGGUGUGUGGGACACUGGUGUGUGGGACACUGGUGUGUGGGACAUGGUGUGUGGGACGUGUGGGACACUGGUGUGUGGGACACAGGUGUGUGGGACACAGGUGUGUGGGACACUGGUGUGUGGGGACACUGGUGUGUGGGGACACUGGUGUGUGGGGACACUGGUGUGUAGGACACAGGUGUGUGGGACGUGUGGGACACUGGUGUGUGGGACGUGUGGGACACUGGUGUGUGGGACACUGGUGUGUGGGACACUGGUGUGUGGGACACAGGUGUGUGGGGACACUGGUGUGUGGGACACUGGUGUGUGGGACGUGUGGGACACUGGUGUCCACUGGUGUGUGGGACACAGGUGUGUGGGACACAGGUGUGUGGGACACUGGUGUGUGGGACACAGGUGUGUGGGACACAGGUGUGUGGGACACUGGUGUGUGGGGACACUGGUGUGUGGGACACUGGUGUGUGGGACGUGUGGGACACUGGUGUGUGGGGACACUGGUGUGUGGGACACUGGUGUGUGGGACACUGGUGUGUGGGACACAGGUGUGUGGGACACUGGUGUGUGGGACACUGGUGUGUGGGACACUGGUGUGUGGGACGUGUGGGACACUGGUGUGUGGGACACUGGUGUGUGGGACACAGGUGUGUGGGACACAGGUGUGUGGGACACUGGUGUGUGGGGACACUGGUGUGUGGGGACACUGGUGUGUGGGGACACUGGUGUGUGGGAUACUGGUGUGUGGGGACACUGGUGUGUGGGGACACUGGUGUGUGGGACACUGGUGUGUGGGACACAGGUGUGUGGGACACUGGUGUGUAGGACACUGGUGUGUGGGACACUGGUGUCCACUGGUGUGUGGGACACUGGUGUGUGGGACACUGGUGUGUGGGACACUGGUGUCCACUGGUGUGUGGGACACAGGUGUGUGGGACACUGGUGUGUGGGACACUGGUGUGUGGGACACUGGUGUCCACUGGUGUGUGGGACACUGGUGUGUGGGACGUGUGGGACACUGGUGUCCACUGGUGUGUGGGACACAGGUGUGUGGGACACUGGUGUGUGGGACACAGGUGUGUGGGACACAGGUGUGUGGGACACUGGUGUGUGGGGACACUGGUGUGUGGGACACUGGUGUGUGGGACGUGUGGGACACUGGUGUGUGGGACACUGGUGUGUGUGGGACACAGGUGUGUGGGACACAGGUGUGUGGGACACUGGUGUGUGGGGACACUGGUGUGUGGGGACACUGGUGUGUGGGGACACUGGUGUGUGGGGACACUGGUGUGUAGGACACUGGUGUGUGGGACACUGGUGUCCACUGGUGUGUGGGACACUGGUGUGUGGGACACUGGUGUCCACUGGUGUGUGGGACACAGGUGUGUGGGACACUGGUGUGUGGGGACACUGGUGUGUGGGACACUGGUGUGUGGGACACUGGUGUCCACUGGUGUGUGGGACACAGGUGUGUGGGACACUGGUGUGUGGGACACUGGUGUGUGGGACACUGGUGUCCACUGGUGUGUGGGACACUGGUGUGUGGGACGUGUGGGACACUGGUGUCCACUGGUGUGUGGGACACAGGUGUGUGGGACACAGGUGUGUGGGACACUGGUGUGUGGGACACAGGUGUGUGGGACACAGGUGUGUGGGACACUGGUGUGUGGGACACUGGUGUGUGGGACACUGGUGUGUGGGACGUGUGGGACACUGGUGUGUGGGACACUGGUGUGUGGGACACAGGUGUGUGGGACACAGGUGUGUGGGACACUGGUGUGUGGGGACACUGGUGUGUGGGGACACUGGUGUGUGGGGACACUGGUGUGUAGGACACUGGUGUGUGGGACACUGGUGUCCACUGGUGUGUGGGACGUGUGGGACACUGGUGUCCACUGGUGUGUGGGACACAGGUGUGUGGGACACUGGUGUGUGGGACGUGUGGGACACUGGUGUGUGGGACACUGGUGUGUGGGACACUGGUGUGUGGGACACUGGUGUGUGGGACACAGGUGUGUGGGACACUGGUGUGUGGGACACUGGUGUGUGGGACGUGUGGGACACUGGUGUGUGGGACACUGGUGUGUGGGACACAGGUGUGUGGGACACAGGUGUGUGGGACACAGGUGUGUGGGACACUGGUGUGUGGGGACACUGGUGUGUGGGGACACUGGUGUGUGGGGACACUGGUGUGUGGGACACUGGUGUCCACUGGUGUGUGGGACGUGUGGGACACUGGUGUCCACUGGUGUGUGGGACACAGGUGUGUGGGACACUGGUGUGUGGGACACUGGUGUGUGGGGACACUGGUGUGUGGGGACACUGGUGUGUGGGGACACUGGUGUGUGGGGACACUGGUGUGUGGGACACAGGUGUGUGGGACACUGGUGUGUGGGGACACUGGUGUGUGGGGACACUGGUGUGUGGGACACUGGUGUGUGGGACACAGGUGUGUGGGACACAGGUGUGUGGGACACUGGUGUGUAGGACACUGGUGUGUGGGGACACUGGUGUCCACUGGUGUGUGGGACACAGGUGUGUGGGACACUGGUGUGUGGGACACUGGUGUGUGGGACACUGGUGUGUGGGACACUGGUGUCCACUGGUGUGUGGGACACUGGUGUGUGGGACACAGGUGUGUGGGACACUGGUGUGUGGGACACUGGUGUGUGGGACACUGGUGUCCACUGGUGUGUGGGACACUGGUGUGUGGGACACUGGUGUCCACUGGUGUGUGGGACACUGGUGUGUGGGACACUGGUGUGUGGGACACUGGUGUGUGGGACACAGGUGUGUGGGACACUGGUGUCCACUGGUGUGUGGGACACUGGUGUGUGGGACACUGGUGUGUGGGACACUGGUGUCCACUGGUGUGUGGGACACUGGUGUGUGGGACACUGGUGUCCACUGGUGUGUGGGACACUGGUGUGUGGGACACUGGUGUGUGGGACACUGGUGUGUGGGACACUGGUGUGUGGGGCACUGGUGUGUGGGACACUGGUGUCCACUGGUGUGUGGGACACUGGUGUGUGGGACACUGGUGUGUGGGACACUGGUGUGUGGGACACUGGUGUCCACUGGUGUGUGGGACACUGGUGUGUGGGACACUGGUGUCCACUGGUGUGUGGGACACUGGUGUGUGGGACACUGGUGUGUGGGACACUGGUGUCCACUGGUGUGUGGGACACUGGUGUGUGGGACACAGGUGUGUGGGACACUGGUGUGUGGGACACUGGUGUGUGGGACACUGGUGUCCACUGGUGUGUGGGACACUGGUGUGUGGGACACUGGUGUGUGGGACACUGGUGUCCACUGGUGUGUGGGACACUGGUGUGUGGGACACAGGUGUGUGGGACACUGGUGUGUGGGACACUGGUGUGUGGGACACUGGUGUCCACUGGUGUGUGGGACACUGGUGUGUGGGACACUGGUGUGUGGGACACUGGUGUGUGGGACACUGGUUUGUGGGACACUGGUGUGUGGGACACUGGUGUCCACUGGUGUGUGGGACACUGGUGUGUGGGACACUGGUGUGUGGGACACUGGUGUGUGGGACACUGGUGUGUGGGACACUGGUGUCCACAGGUGUGUGGGACACUGGUGUGUGGGACACUGGUGUCCACUGGUGUGUGGGACACUGGUGUGUGGGACACUGGUGUGUGGGACACUGGUGUGUGGGACACUGGUGUCCACUGGUGUGUGGGACACUUCAUUAGGUUCUCAUUAUACCAAUGCACUUCCUAGUAAAGCUAGUCGAGCUGUUAAUUGUUCAAAUGACACGUACCCCAGGAAGUGA